AGGAAGAAAGGGUCAAAGUUCAACAUAGCCACUGCAUGCCCUGCGUUCGACGACAAUGGCUAAGCAUCAUCCAGAUUUGAUCUUUUGUAGAAAACAAGCCGGUGUUGCUAUUGGAAGAUUGUGCGAGAAAUGCGAUGGAAAGUGUGUGAUCUGUGAUUCGUAUGUGAGGCCGUGCACUCUGGUGCGCAUCUGUGACGAAUGCAACUACGGGUCGUACCAGGGGCGCUGUGUCAUCUGUGGAGGUCCCGGGGUGUCUGAUGCUUACUACUGCAAGGAGUGCACCAUCCAGGAGAAAGAUCGAGAUGGAUGCCCCAAGAUUGUGAACCUGGGCAGCUCAAAAACGGACCUGUUUUAUGAACGGAAGAAGUAUGGCUUCAAGAAGAGGUGAAGACAGGACAGUCCAACAUGCUUUGCUUCAGUUUUGUUUUUACUUUUCUUUUUGUAAACAUGUUUUGACAAUACAAUAAAGCUUUCUUUUAUAUUA